GACUGACUUCUCACUCUCUCCACUAGUCAUAUAUUCUACACAGUCCACAUAGCUUCUUCUACUUUUCUUCCCUCUUUUCUUCUUACCUCCUAAAAUUUUCAUCUCCUCAUACAUCUGUAAGAGAUCAGCUUUUAGUUUGCUUCAAUGACGAACGCUCCUCAACGAUACGAACGUUUUGUUCUUCCUGAAGGAACCAAAAAGGUUUCUUAUGAAAGAGAUACAAAGAUCAUUAAUGCUGCUUCUUUUGUCAUCGAGAGAGAGGAUCAUACCGUUGGGAAUGUUGUGCGCAUGCAAUUGCAUAGGGACGCAAAUGUGCUGUUUGCUGGGUACAAGCUUCCGCACCCUCUUCAGUACAAAAUCAUUGUUAGGAUUCAUACGACGAGCCAAUCUUCACCAAUGCAGGCAUAUAAUCAAGCCAUCAAUGAUCUUGACAAGGAGCUUAAUCAUUUGAAGACUGCUUUUGAGGCGCAGGUUGAGAUGAUGAAGCAACCAAGAGAUUACUAGUUGGAGGUCUCUUCCUUUAACUUGAGUGGUUGAGUAAUGCACCUUUUGAUUUAAUUAUGUUUUCUCUCGUGACCCUCUCUAUCGGCAUGUACUGUACUGCAAACAAACAAACAAACUCAAAUCCGUUAGACCUUUAGUCUGGAACGAAUGUAUUGUAUAUAUGUCUUAAUGAUAGGUUCUGUGGAAGCGGUUAAACCCUGCACAAACGGCAGACUUUUUUGGUGCUAACAGUAUCGACAAUGUUAAUAUGUCUUGUUGCGCCAGAAAUUUGUCUUACUGCCAUUGGAAUGUAUGAAAGGGUAGAAGUAUCUUUUGAAUGAAAAAGGUUGAAAUUAUCGUUCAAUUUGUCA